AGUAAGGCAAGGAGACGAAGAAGAACGGGGGGAUUUGUUUACAGGGAGCUUUUAGCUUAGCUACACUUUAAUAAUAAUAAUAAUAAUAAUAAUAAAUGAUAAUCAUUUGAAAUGAAAAAUAAUAAUUAUAACAGUAAAUAAGUAUAAGUAUUAACGCCUUUAAAGAGAAUGAUGAACCGAGAGAAGGUGUUAUUUACGCAAGUGAAAUUUGAACAGAUAGCCGGAUAGCUAGCACGCUAAGUUAGCGUUAGCAUCAGCGUCAGGAGCGAGAGAGAAGCGGUGUAUCGGCGAAUAGAGAGAGGUGUUAUAAAGUAAAGUGCGGAUUAAUUUAUUGAGUGCGCUGUGUGGUUUUAUAUGAACCGGGGGAAACAUGUCUUUAGUGGCGUACGACAGUAGCGACGACAGUGAGCGCGAUGACCCGGGCCCAGAGCCCCGCAGCUCGGCUAAACCCGGCGGCUUGUUCGCCUCUCUGCCUGCGCCCAAGCGCUCUGAGCCCGCGGUGGGAAACCUGAGGUCCGGCCCGGAACUGAGCCGAGCCAGGAAGCGGACAGAACCGGUCAGGAUCACCGCUCCAGAGAUCCGAGCGGAUAGCUCAGAUGAAGAGGAAGAUGAACCUGUGAGGAAGAGGACGGUGAGUCCGGGUGCUGGACUGUCCACUCUUCUCCCUCAACCCAAACACCUGAGUGUGAAGGAGACACAGCGCCCCCUGCUGCCCCACACCCUCACCAAACGCCCCACCCCCGCCACCCAGGCCAAAGGGACCAAGCCGGCAUCUCAGGGCAUGUCUGGGACCAGUCCGUCUCCGUCGGCCAUUAAAGCGGCGGCCAAGUCGGCGUCGCUGCAGUUCGCUCGUCAGAUCGCCGCGGACGAGGAGGGCAGUGACGAUGACCUCGCUCCCGAGAAUUACUUCUCUCUGUCGGAGAGCUCGGCAGAGCCGCCGGCCGUGACGGCAUAUCCUGACCCUCAGGCCUACGCUCCAUCACUGCAGCCUCCGUCCAGCGCAGAGGAUGCUCCGCUGGACUUCAGCUCCGCCCCUGAGACCCAGUCCAGGCCAGCAUGGGCCGAGUACCACACUGACCAGUACAGACCACACGAACAAAUACCCAGCUCUCAGGAGUUUUAUCCCCAGGGUUUCUAUCAGGAGCAGAACUCGGGGUUGGAGCAGGAGGAAGCAGAAUCUUCUACUCUCUUCAACGAUGAAGCAUUCCGCAGACUACAGGGGAAACAGAACCGAGGGAAAGAAGAGAUAAAGUUCCUGGAGAUUAAAGGUGAUGACCAGCUCAGUGGCCAUCAGCAGUGGUUAAUGAAGAACAUGACCACAGAGAUGGAGCCUCGCAAAUCUUUCAGUAAGAAAAAAGGAGAUCAGCCGACAGGACAGCAGAGACGCAAACACCAGAUCACAUACCUGAUUCAUCAAGCUAAGGAGCGGGAGAUGGAGCUGAAGAACAGCUGGUCUGAUAAUAAACUCACUCGCAGACAGACUCAGGCCAAAUAUGGCUUCUAGAGGAACAGCUGUCUGUGUGUGUGUGUGUGUGUGUGUGUGCGCGCGCGUGCGCGCGCGUGUGUGUGUGUGUGUAGAUGUACAUGUUGGUCUGAGAAUUGUUUCACUCCAUGUUGUGUAAAUUGAGGAAACAUCCGGCUGGUGUGUGUGUGUUUGCCCAAAGGCUCAAAUGUACCAGAAGUUGGCCACGCCCAUUUAUUCCUUCCCCAUGACCUGCAUCACAGCCGAAUCCCAGACUCCGUGCUGCUCCGAGGUUGAGACGUAUAUGGCCGCCAGUUUAGCACGUGGAAGUCGUCCGUCACAUGUCGUCUAUAAACUCCUCCUUCAGAUUUAGGCCACGCCCCCUGCGGUUAGCGACUAACUUGUGUAUGUUUAGUUUUAGACUGAAUUUCUCCUUUAAAUUCAUCAUGGGCUCCUGUUUGAGCUUCUAGGCAACAAAUAUGUGAACUGCAUGAACGUGUGUGUGCGUGUGUGUUACGGUAACUAUGUAAUACUCUGUAUAGCAGCCGUUUUUGUUUUUUUAAUGUGAAGUAAAAUAUAUUAGAAUAAAGAGACAAAGUGUGAAAGAGAGAGGGAUUUGUUUCUUUUAAUGUCUAUAUAAGGACUUCUUGUUCUCUGUAUACUGUAUGAUGGUCUCUCAGUAAACAGGAGUGUGUGUGUGUGUUAGAGUAAAAUACUGAGUGCUGGAUGGUGUGAUCAGAAUUACGAUGAAUUGAAACCUUCUGACCAAAACAGAAUGUAAAUAAACUUCUGAAAGAUCAGAUGUGUAAAAAAAUAAAUAAAUGUUAGCGCUGUCGUUA